UCAGUUCCGUAAACACGACUGUACAGUUGGAGGGUUAUUUCUAAAGGUUAUUUCUAAAGCUAGCUAGACUCUAAGAAAGUGGAAUAAAAUAAAUAAAUAAUCUUUUACCAUGUUGACAGCCCAGCGAAGCAGGACACGAUGUCGAGAAGUAACUGGACCUGGACAUUCAGUGGCAUUGAGAGCAAAGCCUCCUUUAUCCAAAGACGUAGAUGACUUCUUUCUGCGGAGGAGGAAACAGGAGGCCAUACAGAAUGAAGUGCUGGAGUUUACCAAGAAUCAGAGCUCCUGUGAUGUGAGAAUGCAAUGGGAAAGGAACACACAGCGCCGGAUGGUGUCGGCCACUAUUAGUAGACAUCUGCAGGAAGCAAGAGAGCAGUACCAGAUGAACAUUGAUGAAAGGAGGGAAAGGCUUCGUGAGCUGCUAGAGUCAGAGGAGAAGGUGCUCUUCAGGGAGAUGGAGGCAAAAAAGGAGACAGCGUUGGAGAGGCAAGCUAAGAUGCUUGAAAGAGCCAAGACUCUGCGAGAUAGAAGAGAGAGUGAGAGACAGAGACUUGUCGCUGAGAAACUCGAUCAGCUCUUCAGAGAGCAAAGUGAGGAGCUGCGUGCCGUGCAGGUGAGGCGCAGACAGGAUGAGGUCUGCACUGAGCGUGCUGCUCAGAUCUGUACUAAGGAAGAAGUGCAAUGGAUGCAACAAGAGGAAGACAGACUGUUCGCCCAGAUGUGGGAGAGCGACAGGCUGGCUAAAGAGGAGCGUCAUAACCAAGAGGUUCAAUGGCAAAGAGAGAACAACCUCCAGCAGAAGGAAUUCCUGCAGGCACAGAUGGAAACGACUGAGCAGCAGACAAUACGGGCCAAGCAACUGAAGCAAGAGGAGGCCCAGUUACUGAGAGAGCACAGGGAGAUGCUUCGUGUGGAGGCAGAGAGAGAACACCGACAGAAGCUCCAAGACCAGGAGAAACGACGUAAACAGCUGGACCUUUCGCUUCGGCUGAAGAUGAAGCGCCUGGCACGAGAUCGGCAGGAAGAGCUGGCUCUGGAUAUGAGCAUCCUGGAGCAGCUAAUGACUGAAGAGAGAGAUGAAAAGCAAGAUGAGGUCCUCAAAAAGCUGGAGUGUCAAGAGGAGCAGCGCAGGUACAGGGAGUAUCUGGCAGAGCAGCUGGAAGAGCAGAAACGGCAAGAAGCUGAGACGGAGCAGCUAUUUGAAUCAGAGCUGCAGCAGGCCUGGGCUCGCAGGGAGGCACAGUGGCAUCAGGAAAAGGCAGCAAGAGACCGACUUAUGAAGGAUGUCAUAGACACUCGCCGACUGCAGAUUCAGGAAAAGUUAAAUGAGAAUAUGCUGAAACAGGCUGAGCCUUUCAAAGAAAGAGAGGAGCUCGACAGAAUCCUUGAAGAGAACAAAUUGCUGAAUGAAGAAGAAAAGAUUCGUUUAAGGGAGGCCACUCAAGAAUAUAAGGCUGAUUUAUUGACUCAGAUGCUGCACCGCCAGCGCAUUCAUGAAACAGAACAAGCUGAGAAAGAACACGAGUUCCAGAGGGGUCUAUGGUACCAGGAGCAGUACAAUAAGAAGAUCCAGGACAUCCUCUCAAGGCCAAUAUCUGGCACCACAGCAGUUCAUCCCUUCAGGAGACGAGAGCGCCCCUGCUCCAACUUUGGUGCACAGUUGGCAUAAAUCCAACACAUUCUA